CGCCCGACCCAGAUCAUCCCGUCCGUGCUCCCGGCCGACUUCGCGGCCCUCGGCAUCGACUGCACCAAGCUCGAGGAGGCCGGCUGCGACCGCAUCCAGUUCGACGUCAUGGACGGCAACUUCGUCCCCAACCUGACGUUCGGCCCGGACGUCAUCGCCGCGCAGCGCAAGACGACCAAGCUCAUGUUCGAGACGCAGCUCAUGGUCUCCGAGCGCUGCACGGACGCCAUGCUGCCCCAGUUCACGGAGUGCACCAAGGGCCCCAACGGCGAGCCCGGCGUCGUCAUCGUCCACGCCGAGGCCUGCACGCACCUCCACCGCGCGCUCUCCAACAUCCGCGCCAUGGGCGGCUCCCCCUCCGUCGCGCUCAACCCGUCCACGCCCGCGGAGGCCAUCGAUAACGUCCUCGACCUCGUCGACCACGUGCUCGUCAUGACGGUCAACCCCGGCUUCGGCGGCCAAGCCUACAUCCCGACGAUGACGGACAAGAUCCGCAAGAUCCGCAAGUGGAUCGUCGACCGCGAGCUCGACGUCGACAUCGAGGUCGACGGCGGCAUCAAGGCCUCGCCGGAGACCAUCGGCGCGUGCGCGCAGGCGGGCGCGAACUGCUUCAUCGCCGGCUCGGGCCUCUUCGCCUACGGCGACAUGUCCCAGGGCGUCAAGGAGCUCCGCGCCAUCGCCGAGGAGUACCAGCAGAAGAAGUAG